AUGGGUAUGUUAGAGUUCUAUCUAAUCGUGAUCUUUGUUGGGUUUUGUUUGCAAGCUGGUGUUCUAAAGUCGCAGAACUUGAUUUGCAACCCAAAUGAUUUGAAAGCACUGGAGGGUUUCUUGAGUAGGCUGGAGUUAGGUAUUGAAGGAUGGGACUUCAAUUCAUCUUCAUCUAAUUGCUGUAAUUGGGUUGGAAUCACUUGCCAAUCUUUUGGUGUGAAUGAUUCCUUCAAUUCUGAUAGGGUUGUUAAAUUGGAGCUUGGGAGAAAAAAGCUUGUUGGAAGCAUCCAUGAAUCUUUAGGCAAUUUGGAGCAACUGAAAACCCUUAAUCUCUCCCACAAUUCCUUCAAGGGGUUUAUUCCUCUUUCACUGUUACAUUUGCCAAAGUUAGAAAUCUUGGACUUGGCCUACAAUGAAAUCUCUGGCUUAUUUCCAAAUAGCAUAAACCUGCCUUCAAUCAGAGUUCUAAACAUUUCUCAGAAUGUGAUUCAGGGUCCAGUUCCUGUGGGCAUCUGUAGCAACUCAACCCGGAUAUCGGUUUUGAAUUUGGGAUUCAAUAACUUGAGUGGAAAUCUGCCUCCUGGAAUAGAGAAUUGUACUUCAUUGGAGGAUCUCUGCCUUAGUUCCAAUUUUCUCUCUGGUGGUUUACCUGAAAAUCUGUUUCGGCUGCCAAUAUUAGCUAAUUUGGCUCUUCAGGAGAAUCGAUUUUCUGGACAGCUGAGUGACUUUAUUGGUAACCUCUCUAAUCUUAUUCGCGUGGAUAUAUCUUUAAAUGAGUUUUCAGGAAAUUUGCCAGAUGUUUUUCGUAGAUUUGGAAAGUUGAAAUAUUUUUCAGCUGAGUCCAAUGGUUUCACUGGUAAAAUACCACAAACAUUGGCGAAUUCGCCUACUAUCGUGUCACUUAGUUUGAGAAAUAAUUCCUUGAGUGGUAUAAUUGAUCUUAAUUGUUUGGCAAUGACUAGUCUUGUUUCGCUUGAUUUGGCUACCAAUCGAUUCCAUGGGAAGAUUCCUGUUAACUUACCUUCCUGUCCACGACUAAAGACUAUAAAUUUUGCGAAGAUCAACUUCACUGGGCAAAUCCCAGAAAGCUUCAAGAAUUUUCAGAGUCUUUCUUACCUUUCCCUCUCAAACUCCAGUAUUUCCAACCUUACAGCGGCUCUUGAAAUUCUACAGCAUUGUAAAAACUUGACCACUCUGGUUCUUACUUUGAAUUUUCGAGAUGAAGCAAUGCCAACCUUUUCUAGUCUACAAUUUACUGGGCUCAAGGCUCUUGUUAUUGCCAACUGCAGACUCACGGGUAUAAUUCCUCAGUGGUUGAGUGGGUGUACAAAAUUGCGACUGCUAGAUUUGUCCUGGAACCGUUUGGAGGGUACAAUUCCACCUUGGUUCGGCAAUUUCCAAUUAAUGUUCUACUUAGAUUUAUCGAACAACUCUUUUACGGGGGAGAUUCCAAAAGAACUUACUAGACUACAGAGCCUCAUCUCUGGCAAUGUCUCAUCGAAGGAUCCAUCCCUGGAUUUCCCAUUUUUCCUGAAAAAGAAUGUCAGCCAUGAAGCUUUACCAUAUAAACAAAUUUUAAGCUUUCCUUCUACUUUGGAACUUGGUAAUAACUUUUUCACCGGGCCAAUUUGGCCAGAGUUUGGCAAUCUGAAAGAAUUACAUAUUUUGGAUCUGAAAUGCAACAAUUUGUCGGGAUCCAUCCCCAGUGAACUUUCCCGUAUGACAAGCUUAGAAACUUUAGAUUUAUCCCAUAACAGUCUGAAUGGGACGAUACCUCUUUCUUUAGUUCGCCUCAGCUUUUUGUCAAAGUUCAGUGUUGCUUAUAAUAAACUGCGUGGAGCAAUUCCUGCUGGAGGUCAGUUCAUUACCUUUUCAAACUCAAGCUUUGAAGGGAACCCAGAUCUCUGUGGUGAGCAUGGUACUUGUCCCAAUGGCAAUCAAGUACCUGAUCUAUCAGCUAACAGAUCAGGAAAACCUAGAGGCACUAUUAUUGCAAUGGCUGUUGGAAUUGGACUCGGAACUGUUUUUAUUCUUGCUCUUUUGUCCUUGAUCAUUAUGCGGGCUUGUAAUCGAAAAGUUAUUGAUCCUGAAUGGCAGGAUGCUGAUACUGUUGAGAAGGAUUUGGAAGAACUAGGUUCGUCGAGUCUUGUUAUACUUUUCCAAAACACAGAAACUAACAAAGAGAUUUCACUUGGUGACCUUUUGAAAGCUACUAAUGAUUUCGAUCAAUCAAAUAUCAUUGGUUGUGGAGGCUUCGGUUUGGUCUACAAGGCCAUCCUUCCUGAUGGUAAGAGGGUUGCUAUUAAACGGCUUUCUGGUGAAUAUGGUCAGAUGGAGAGAGAAUUCCAAGCUGAAAUAGAAACACUCUCGAGAGCUCAGCAUCCAAAUCUUGUUCAUCUUCAGGGCUACUGCAAGUAUAAGAAUGACAGGCUUCUGAUAUACUCCUACAUGGAGAAUGGUAGCCUUGAUUACUGGCUGCACGAGAAAGUUGAUGGACCUUCGUCUUUGGAUUGGGAUAUGAGGCUGCAGAUUGCCAGAGGGUCGGCAAGAGCACUUGCUUACUUGCACCAAUCUUGUGAACCUCAUAUCCUUCACCGAGAUAUAAAAUCAAGCAAUAUCCUUUUAGAUGAAAAUUUUGAAGCUCGGCUGGCUGAUUUUGGUCUUGCAAGGCUCAUUUAUCCCUAUGACACUCAUGUCUCAACUGAUCUUGUUGGAACCUUAGGCUACAUCCCUCCAGAGUAUGGCCAGGCUUCUGUUGCAACCUAUAAGGGCGAUGUGUACAGUUUUGGAGUCGUUCUUUUGGAGCUUUUAACUGGGAAGAGGCCAAUGGACAUGUGCAAGCCGAAAGGCAGUCGUGAUUUGAUCUCUUGGGUGAUUCAAAUGAAAAGAGAAAAGAGGGAAACCGAAGUGUUCGAUCCAUUUAUUUAUAACAAAGAAAAUGCUGAGGAAAUGUUAUGGGUUCUUGAGAUUGCCUGCCUUUGCUUAAGUGAGAUCCCAAAGAUAAGGCCUUCUACAGAGCAGCUAGUUUCUUGGCUUGAUUCAACAUCUAGCUUUUCAUCAGAGAGUGGGAAAUUGUCAUCUUUCUGCUAA